AGGCACUGUGCGCCCUCCCAGCCUGAAGUGGCUGUCCAGUGCUAGCAGGACUGCGCUCGGCUCUCUGGAGGGAGUAAGCCAUCAGUGGGAGGAAACCGGGUGGCAGGCAUGACGGAUCCUGAAGACCCCCCCAGAGCCAGCCCUGGGGAAUCGGGCGAGCCCCCUGGGGAUGACAGCGGACCUCCAGGAGAGACGUUUCCCCUCUCCUCCUUGGCCAACCUGUUUGAAGGGGAGGAUGGCUCGCCCUCGGCGGGAGGGGAGCCGAGCCGCAGUCCACCUGCCCAGGGGGAUGCCCGGCAAAACCUGCGCAUGAAGUUUCAUGGGGCAUUCCGCAAGGGCAUGCCCAACCCCAUGGACCUGCUGGAGUCCACCAUUUAUGAAUCCUCCGUCGUUCCCGGCCCCAAGAAGGCCCCCAUGGACUCUCUCUUUGACUAUGGGACCUACCGGCACCACCCCAGUGAUAACAACAAGCGGCGCAGAAAGAAGAUUAUAGAGAAGGAGCCCCAGAAUCCCAAAGCCCCAGCUCCUGAUCCACCCCCUAUCCUCAAAGUCUUCAACCGACCCAUUCUUUUCGACAUCGUGUCCCGGGGAUCCACUGCUGACCUGGACGGGCUACUCUCCUUCCUUCUCACCCAAAAGAAGCGCCUGACAGACGAGGAGUUUCGGGAACCUUCCACAGGGAAGACGUGUCUGCCUAAGGCCCUGUUGAACCUGAGCGGUGGACGCAAUGACACCAUCCCAGUGCUCCUGGACAUUGCUGAACGCACUGGCAACAUGCGGGAAUUCAUUAACUCACCCUUCCGAGAUGUCUACUACCGAGGUCAGACGGCCCUGCAUAUCGCCAUCGAACGCCGCUGCAAACACUACGUGGAGCUCCUGGUGGCCCAAGGCGCUGAUGUCCAUGCACAGGCUCGUGGGCGUUUUUUCCAGCCCAAAGAUGAGGGUGGCUACUUCUACUUCGGUGAGCUGCCCUUGUCCCUGGCUGCCUGUACCAACCAACCCCACAUUGUGAACUACCUGACGGAGAACCCUCACAAGAAGGCGGACAUGCGGCGCCAGGACUCUCGGGGCAACACGGUGCUGCAUGCUCUGGUCGCAAUUGCUGACAACACACGAGAGAACACCAAGUUUGUCACCAAGAUGUACGAUCUCUUGCUCAUCAAGUGUGCCAAACUCUUCUCUGAGAGCAACCUGGAGGCUGUGGUCAACAAUGAUGGCCUUUCACCGCUGAUGAUGGCUGCCAAGACAGGCAAGAUUGGGAUUUUUCAGCACAUUAUCCGCCGGGAGGUGACGGAUGAGGAUGCGAGACAUCUGUCCCGCAAGUUCAAGGACUGGGCAUACGGGCCUGUGUACUCAUCUCUCUAUGACCUGUCCUCGCUGGACACCUGUGGGGAGGAAACCUCAGUUCUGGAGAUCCUUGUAUAUAACAGCAAGAUUGAGAACCGCCAUGAGAUGCUGGCUGUAGAGCCAAUCAAUGAGCUGCUCCGGGACAAGUGGCGAAAGUUUGGCGCCGUCUCCUUCUACAUCAGCGUCGUCUCUUAUCUGUGUGCCAUGAUCAUCUUUACCCUCACUGCCUACCACCAGCCCCUGGAGGGCACGCCCCCGUACCCGUACCGCACAACCGUGGACUACUUGCGGCUUGCCGGAGAGAUCAUCACCCUUUCCACUGGAGUCAUAUUCUUUCUCUCUAGUAUUAAAGACCUUUUCAUGAAGAAGUGCCCAGGAGUGAAUUCUUUAUUUGUUGACGGCUCCUUUCAGCUGCUUUACUUUAUUUACUCGGUGCUAGUGAUUGUCUCUGCUGGACUGUACCUGGCGGGAAUCGAAGCCUACCUGGCAGUCAUGGUCUUCGCCUUGGUCCUGGGUUGGAUGAACGCUCUCUACUUCACUCGGGGGUUGAAGCUGACGGGGACGUACAGCAUCAUGAUCCAGAAGAUUCUGUUCAAAGACCUUUUCCGUUUCCUGCUGGUCUAUCUCCUCUUCAUGAUUGGCUAUGCUUCAGCUCUGGUCUCGCUGCUGAACCCAUGCUCCAGUAAUGCCAUCUGCAACGAGGACCGUUCCAACUGCACAGUCCCCAGCUACCCGUCCUGCCGGGACAGCCAGACCUUCAGCACCUUCCUCCUGGACCUCUUCAAGCUGACCAUUGGCAUGGGCGAUCUGGAGAUGCUGAGCAGUGCCAAGUAUCCCGUGGUCUUCAUCAUCCUGCUGGUGACUUACAUCAUCCUCACCUUUGUGCUGCUACUGAACAUGUUGAUUGCCCUCAUGGGGGAGACAGUGGGCCAGGUGUCCAAGGAGAGCAAGCAUAUCUGGAAGCUGCAGUGGGCCACCACCAUCUUGGACAUCGAGCGUUCUUUCCCGGUUUUUGUGAGGAAGGCGUUCCGCUCUGGGGAGAUGGUCACUGUGGGCAAGAGCUCAGAUGGCACACCAGACCGGCGGUGGUGUUUCAGGGUUGAUGAAGUGAAUUGGUCUCAUUGGAACCAAAAUCUGGGCAUCAUUAAUGAGGAUCCAGGCAAGAAUGAGACCUACCAGUACUACGGUUUCUCGCACACCGUGGGCCGCCUCCGCCGGGAUCGCUGGUCCGUAGUGGUGCCCCGGGUUGUUGAGCUGAACAAGAAUACCCAGUCGGAGGAUGUGGUAGUGCCACUGGAUCAUGUGGGCACUUCUUCUGCCCCUGCUCAGAGACAGAGCUACCCUCAUCACUGGAGGACAGAAGAUGCCCCACUCUAGUGGGGCCCUGGGAGCCUUGAGGGGGGGCCCAGCCAGGAACUCAAGCAUCUGCUGCGGCCAGUUGGCAUGGAAAGGCCACAAGCCUAACCUGUUGGCUCCUGCUAGCCAUAGCUUUUCUCCUGGAUUGUCUGCCUCUUGGCACCUUCUCUGUGCCGGCCCAGGGUUCGCCAGCAUUUCCAAGGGAAGCUCCCACUGGUGGCUUCCUGGGUUUCCUGGCCCUGAAUAAGCCUUGUGUUGACGCCAAAGAUGCCCAGAUGAAGAGAGGCCCAGCCAUGCCCUGCAUUGGAGGGAGGGGGUGUGUCAGAGUUAAGUGGUGUCAUCUCUGGCAGAGCCAGCUGGGGGCCAUGUGCAAGGUCAUAUCACGGUACGGUGAAAAGAAAGCUGGAUUUGGGGAAUGUGGGUUUGCUCCCUGGCUCUGGUAUUUUCUAUCUGUGUGACCUUGGGCAAGUCAUUUCCCAUCCUUAGGUUCUUCUUCUGUAAAAUAAGGGGGUUGGGCUAAAUGACCUCUGAGGUCCCUUCCAGCUGUAAACCCGAUGAGCCUAUGACCCUCUCUUGUUCACUUAUGAACCCUGACCCAUGUUCACACUCCCACUAGACCCUGGGCACAGCAGGUAAGGUCAGGCAAAGAAAAGAAGGUGAAUGGUUUUAAGUAGGGGUCAGAGACGAAAGGCUCUCAUCUCAGCCCCUUGGGUCCUGGAAGAGACCACCCUCAGCCUCCUUUCACUCCCAUGGAGUUAUACAGGUCAGUAUGGUGUGGCCAGUGGAGAAGGGGCACCUUGUUCCCCAGUCAGCUACAAGGAGGCACUUCCCACCCCUGCCCCAGCCCUGGUCAGACUCUCACUCCAUUAUUUAUUUGCUCUUCUCUAGCUCAGGAAGGAAGUUCAUGGCUAGAGGGCAGGGUAGCUGUGCCCUCCGUGGAGGGCUCAGAAAAUCUUCCCAGCCCAGGGCCCAGCCUGGCCCUGCUGGUACCAAUCCCACGUCCCAGUGUCCGCCUGCCAACAUGGUCUGAGCACAGCUGAUGGCUUUGCUUAAGAGCCAGGAAACUUCAGUGGGCAAGGACUGGGUCUUCUGUAUGUUCUGCAUGGUGCCUAGGACAAUGUGGGGAGGUG